AUGGCGCAACAGCCAACCCCAAUAAGACAAUGCUUUAAGUGCAGAAUGAUAAUAGAAAAUCGACGAUUUACAGUAUGUUCAUUGUGUGAUAACAACUAUCACAUUAAUUGUGCGAACGUCAGCUUUGCACGUUUUAGGAUAUGGACAAAUGAAAAUAAAAAAUCAUGGAGAUGUAACAGAUGCACGGUGAAAAAACAGUCAGACACAAAAAGCACUAGCCAAUAUAUGAAUGCCUCUAAUAAAAAAUCAAUUAUGCGUAAAACUAGUAAUAAUACACAUCCGAAGAGAAAUGAGAUAAUCAAUAACUAUGACUUGAAUAUUUCAAAUGAAUAUACGUCUCCAGACCCUACAGAAGACUCUGCAAACACUGAUACUGGCCGGGCAUCAACUGUAUUAACACCAAAUUCUACGCCUUUGAAGGAGACCGAUCAACAAGAAAAGCUGAUAACUCCAAGUUUAUGUAUAAAAUCAUUAUCAAUGGAAUUACUUGUCGACGAUGAAAACAAUAGUUUUCAACCAUUAGAUGAGUUGUCAAGGAGUAUGGAGCUAACCAGUGAUCUUGACAUUGUAAGCAAUCAAAAACUGAAAAUAGAAGAGUUAAAAACGCAACUUCAGAUUAGUGAAACUGAAUUGGAAAAUACUAUUCUCGAAAAUAACGAACUUAGGCGACAUGUUGAAAGACUUACCCAGGAGAUUCUUCUACUGAAAAACAUAUGUAAAACACCAAAUAGAAAUCAUCGUAGACACGUGUCCACUAGUCUUGUUAAUACUAGUCCAUCUCCGAAAAAUUCAAAGCAAACUAUUAUUUUAGAAAACACAAUAUCGAAGUUACAAAAUGACCUAAAAGCAGCUCAAGAAGAAGUGGCACAACUUCAUAUGUUAGUAGCUCGUUUAGAGGGUAACCUUCAAGCUACAAAAAUAACGUUGACAAAAUCCGAAACUGUCAAGAUAAAUAGGAAUGUAAAUGAGAAUAAUAACAAUGAGAUAAAAAAUAAAUUAUGUAUACUUUCGAGCGAAAAAGGAUUAAAAAUACUACAAAAUGUACAGAGAAUCGAUUAUUUGAGUCAAUUUCAGAUAUGCCAUUUUCUUACUACUAAUUCUGGAAUAAACAUUAUUUUAGAAAACAUAGAAGAAAAACUAAAAGAAUUCACAAAAAAAGACUUUUGUGUAAUUAUGAUUGGUCAGCGAGAUUUCGAAACUGCACAUAAUUAUAAAAGCCUAGUAAAAACCAUAAAAACUAAACUGCAACAAAUAAAGAAUACAAAUAUAAUAUUGACUGCACCAACAUACAUAUGUGGAAGGCCCCUGUAUAAUCAUAGAGUGGAGACCUUUAAUAACCUUCUUUACGAUGAUAUAAAUAUAAAUGAAUAUGGUUGCUUAAUUGAUUCAAACCGUGAAUUGACAAUGAAUAUGUUUUCACAAUUCUCUGGCAAGAUAAAUCAUAGAGGAAUUCAAAACCUCCUUCAAAAUGUUGUUAAAAAUAUAAUAAACCAGAGUGAGAAUGAAGAUGCUAAUUUCGACGUUAAUGAGGGGGACAAAAGUAAUAAAUCUCAUCAAAAACCAUUUUUUCUUCUAUAA